UACAGACAGAGAAGUGGAUGAAGAUUUGACAGCCAGCAGGCGAGGGUUUGAUAGGAGCAGGAUAAAGGGUCGUCCUGGUAAACUUCCACGCCGUGUUUUCCAUCAAACCGCGGAGAGUAAAGUCGUCCGCAGCGGCGGGCAGGAGCUGACUCUCGCCGGAUGAGAGCGCGAUGAUGCGGGCAGAGUUCAGCGCCGAGCCGCGGGUUUAGAGGCUGGAAGUCCAUCAUCUCUUCAGGACAUGGAGCUUGGAGGGAUAUAUUCACGAUACAAAAGAGCAGUCCUGUUGUCAUUGAUGUUCAAACUGGGUCUGUUCUGCACGGUCACGUCUGACGUGUGUCUGUCCUCUCCUUGCCUAAACAACAGCACCUGUGUCCCGUCUCUGACCGGAUACCUGUGCCUCUGCUCUCUCACCCCUCCUCUAUUCGCCGGUGAGCACUGUGAUCGUUUAUACGACCCGUGCGAAAGCGCAGGCUGUCCGUCCAAAUGCUUCGGCGCCGCGGGAACCAACAACUACACCUGUGCGUGUCCCGACGGCUUGGACGGCCCCAACUGCACCCGAAACAUCAACGAAUGUGAGAGCAACCCCUGCGCGGGACUCAAGAGCUACUGCAUAGACGGAGUCAACGGAUACUCGUGUCACUGUCCCAGUGGAUACAGCGGGGACGACUGCGGGACGAGGGUGCGAGACUGCGCCGAUGAGCCCUGCUUUAAUAACGCCUCCUGCGUUUGGACGGCGAGCGGCUACGAGUGCCGGUGCGCCGCGGGGUUUCAGGGUCAACACUGCGAAGAAGACAUCGACGAGUGUCUGUCCCAGCCCUGCAGGAACGGCGCCAUCUGUCAGGAUGGGAUUGACCUGUAUCAGUGCUACUGCGUACCUGGUUUCCAAGGUUACCACUGCGAUAUUGACAUCAACGAGUGCGCGUCCCAGCCCUGCGAGAACAACGGGACCUGCGUCAACGGGAAGGACCGCUACAGCUGCGAAUGCCUCAUUGGGUUUACAGGAGUGAACUGUGAAGUGGAUGUUGAUGAAUGUGAGGCGGAUCCCUGUCAGAACGGUGCCAUCUGCCACGAUCACGUGGGUCUGUACACCUGCAAGUGUGUGCCGGGAUACGAGGGCAUUAACUGUGAGCUGGACAUCAACGAGUGUGACAGUUCACCCUGCCAACACGGAGGAACAUGUCUGGAUAGGGUGAACGGCUUGGAGUGUGACUGCGCUGGCACUGGAUUCGUGGGCUCUUUCUGUGAAGAGGACAUACCCGAGUGUGCGUCUGAGCCCUGCCAGCACGGCGCCACCUGCCAGGAAGGAGUCAACCAGUACACCUGCCUCUGCUGGCCUGGCUACGAAGGCGAGAACUGUGAGCUUGACGUGGACGAGUGUGAAACGCAGCCGUGUGAGAACGGAGGCGAGUGUCUCCAGCGCUCCGAGUCCAGACACUACCGAGUCCUGGCCGAUCUGGACACGGACUUCAGCUUCGCGAGCGCCGCCGGGUUCCUGUGUCUCUGCCGGGCCGGGUUCACAGGCGACGACUGUUCGGUUGACGUGGACGAAUGCGCGUCCGGCCCGUGUGAAAACGGGGGCAGCUGUGAGGAUCUGGUCGACGCGUUUCGCUGCUCGUGUCCGGCGGGGUUCAGAGGUGUGGUGUGUGAGAUUAACCUGGACGAGUGUGAGAGCGAUCCCUGUCAGAACGGCGGCCGCUGUGAAGACUCCAUCAACGACUACACGUGUCACUGUCCUCCUCCCGCUCCGGACCAGCUGCCCUGGGGCGGUCACGACUGCGACGUCCCUCUGACCGGCUGCGUGCCUGACCCCUGCGUGAACGGCGGCGCCUGUGUGCCUUCUCUGCUCGGAGACCAGCAUCGGCACACCUGCACGUGUUCUUCAGGCUUCCACGGAGACGCCUGCCAGACCUCCACCACCUUCUCUCUGACCGGAGGUUAUCUGCUCAUCGAGGUCCCGGGUAUCAACAGGACAUCCCAAGCACCAAGCGUCCAGCUCCGGUUCAGGACGACCUUGCCGGAUCUAAUUCUCUUCUUCCGGGGAAGUCAAGAGCACUUCUUCGUAUUGGAGCUAAUCGGCGGAGAGCCGCACUCCAGAGCCGAAUCGGGAGACUUAAAGCUGGCCGUGCAGUUAAACAGGGAUUUCAGCGACGGGUUCUGGCACGAAGUCUUGGUCAGUGUGGAUGAGAGACUGAUUCUGACUUCUCUGUCGGACGGCCUGAGCACAGCCAGCGACGGAGGACACAACCAGCUCCUGUCCUUCCAGCCGCUGGGUUUGGAGAGACUGCGCCUCGGCGGGGUGCCGCGGGAAUACCUGAACCGGACCGCUUCCAGGACGGGAUUCCUGGGCUGUUUCGAGGAUCUGCUGGUGGAUUCUCAGCCGGUUCUUCCCGAGAGCUUCGCUCCGCAGCCGGACGUAACGAUGGGCUGUGAGAAGAGCGACUGGUGCGGGCCGGAGCCCUGUGCCGACCGCGGACGCUGUGUGGAUCUGUGGUCAGAAUACAGGUGCGACUGCCACAGGCCCUUUCACGGACACAACUGCUCCGAAGAGUUCACUUCAUGGACUUUCAGUCCGGAGCGCAGCAGGAGCUUCGCUGCGUUUCCCAUCAUGCAGCAGCACACCGGUGACGUGAGCGUGUCUCUGUGGCUGAGAUCACGUCAGCAGAACGGCCUGGUCCUUCAGCUCCAGCGCGACAAUCAGGCUUACCUCACCGUUUUCCUGAACAACGGCUCAUUACACGUCAUGAUACACAACUCCAUCAGAAGAGCCUCCAGCUUCCUCACUGAUGGGGAGAAGGUCUUUGUUUCCGUCAGCAGAGAAGGAGGCUUUAUAUUAUAUAACCAAACGCAGCAGGUUUUUACUCCCACAAAGCUGACUGGGUUUGAGGUGGAAGCUGGAGACGUGGCGUAUCUCGGUGGGCUUCCUGAAGGAGAAAACAGCGCUCAGUGGGGUGGAUAUUUUAAGGGCUGUCUGCAGGACGUGCGUAUAGACGACACACAGCUGUUCAUGUACUCCGGCAGCAUCAGAUACAAACCACAGCAUCCCAGCUACUUACCCAGAAACUCCUCUAAUGUGCUGGAGGGCUGCGCCGGAGACCAGACCUGCAAGACGAAGCCGUGUCAGAACGGAGGGAAAUGUGGGGUGCUCUGGAAUGACUUUGUGUGUUCGUGUCCGCUAAACUUCUCUGGGAAAACGUGCGACACUCGCGUGUGGUGCAUCAGCAAUCCGUGUGACUCUGGGACUCAAUGUGUGGACUUACCCGACGGGUACGAGUGUUUAGCCAACGCCACGUUUGAGAACAACGCUUUGAGGUUCAGCGCCACCGGCUCCUUGUUCCUCCCUGUGACGAGCAUUUCGAUGCAGCUCCGGACACGCGAGGACAACGGGACACUGUUGCGUGUCUCCAGCCGCCUGGAGUUCUUCUGCAUGGGACUCCUCAACUCCUCCCUCAUCGUUAAGUUUCGCGACGGGAACAGUCUGGAGGUGCACGCCUUCACCAGCGACGUCCUCGUCUCGGACGGAGACUGGCACCAAGUGGAGCUCUCCUUGUCCAGCUCCAGGACAGCGGCGUCUCGCUGGCACCUUUUGGUCGACGGACGAGCGGCCGGAUUCAGUUCGGAUCCCGCUGGGAACAUGGACUACUUCAACUCCUCCAGCGUCUGGCUGGCGGAGAACUACACUGGCUGUCUGGGCGAGGUGCGCAUCGGUGGCGUUUAUUUACCAUUUUCGGGCCCCCUCGAGGAUGCGCCUCAAGUGUCCCAGUUCACGCGGAUCGGGGGGAUUUCGGAGCCUCGGCUGGGAUGUACCAGCUCCUCCUCCUGCGUUUCGGAUCCGUGCCUGAACAACGGCACCUGCACGGAUCUCUUCAAUCUGCUGUCCUGCGAGUGCGGCCCGGGAUGGACGGGCGAGCGCUGUCAGGAGAACGUGGACGAGUGUGGCUGGCAGCCCUGCAUCCGAGGGACGUGCCGGGAUCUUCCGGGGGACUACGAGUGCCAGUGCUCUUCCGGAUAUGCCGGGAAGGACUGUGAGCUGGAGGCGGAUAUGUGCACCGAGCAUCGCUGUCAGAACGGAGGCUCGUGUUUAGCUUCUGUUGCGGGAUACACCUGCAUCUGUCCACCUGAUCACACCGGACCGCUCUGCCAGUGGCGUUUUCCUCCUCAGCAGUGUGAUGUGGAUAUACAGUGUGAACACAAAGGCGUCUGCAGUGAAGGAUCAUGGGGAGUGAAGUGUGUCUGCAAACCGGGCUUCACCGGAGACAGAUGUGAAGUGGACAUAGACGAGUGUGAGUCGAACCCGUGUCGCAACGGAGGCAAGUGUGUGAACAGACACAACCGCUACCUCUGUGAGUGUGUGUCCGACUUCAGCGGAGAGAACUGUGAGAACACGAAGCAGCAGCAGCAGGAGCGUGUGCCGUGGCUGAUGGUGGCCGUCCCGCUGGCGUCUCUCGCUGUCCUGCUGGCCUCGGUCGGGAUGGUUUGUCUGGCUCUCACGGCCCGGAAGAAGCGCCAGUCGGAGGGAACCUACAGCCCCAGUCAACAGGAAGUAGCUGGAGCCAGGCUCGAGAUGGGCAGCGUGCUGAAGGUGCCUCCAGAGGAGAGACUGAUCUGACCUCGGUCUGAACACACAUCAAACCAGGGACGCUUUAAAGCAGCAGAGCACACAGAUCUGGCUUUUAUGUGUCCAGACAUGUUGAGCAAAGCUGUGUGUGCCUUCCACGGAAGGAUAAUGGAGCUGAACGCUCACUUUUACCACUUUUAGUCAGAGAGCCGCGGGCAGCUUGAGGCACUUAGAGGAAACCAAUGUGAGAAAUAGCAACUGUGACCACUUUCUAUCCCAUAUGGCAAAAAAUAUAUUUUCAAAAUAUUAAAAAAAAGGUCCAAAAACUCCUAUUCACUAAGAAAUGCUUUAAAAUACAUUUGUUGGAAUAUUUUUUUUACCAAUAUAUAUAUAUAUUUUGCAUAUUAUAUUGCUAUUGCAUAUUAUAUUUUGCAUAUUUUUGGAGAUAUUUUUUUUUUAACUAUCGAUAAAAUAUAUUUAAAUUUUAAAUACAUGUUGCCCUUCAUGUAGUUCAAUCCAUCAUAAUAUAUACAUUGUACUUUUUUGAAGGUGCCAUUUUUGUUGAA